CAUCAAUUUCAACAAACGUCGAGGUCAUCUGUUUGGAAACAAACUACCGUUCUACUCCCACAGCAACCGGGCCUUUUAAUCCUUGCUUCUAGGCACCAAUACGAGAUGGCCGGCACAUGUUAUCUAUUGACCAUCCAAUAAUCACAACGAGGGUCGUGGGAUAGCCUUGGACAAACUUUGAUCUUUUUUUUUGUUCUUUCAUUGCCAAUCAGGCAAAGAAUACAAAAAGGAAUAUUGAUAUCGACUGCCAAGACUCUAAUGGUUCGCCUAGCGCCUUUCCUGGAGGCAGAUGCACAUCGGGUUUUGUGCUACUUUUACGGAAACAAUCCGUCUUUCCUUUUGGCUUGAUUUUAGGCCGACUUAACCUUCUUUGGAGCCUGCCGCCAGUCGCGGAUGCCGUCAGCUUUUAGAUAUCAGACGACCCCUCCCGCUCCCGUCCCCGUUCCCAGCAACUAUUUGACAAACUACACCCGAACCCUAUCUGCCCUCAGUUUGAUGGGCGACCGGGACAGACGGUGAAGCUGCCUUGGUCUGUUCGGGCCUCGCUCGUUUCUUUGCAUCGUCAGUCAACAUGGUUGAUUCCAAUAGGGGGGAAGAUGCCGCCAUCGCGUCUCAAAUCCUAUCACGAGCUUCCACAAGCGACGAAGACGGCAAUCCAUCCACAGUACUGGACAUGAUGGAAGAAUCAUCUCAACAAGAUGCUGCCGACAGCAAAUGGGAGGGUUCUUUGGAAGUUACUGCAUACGAGACCUCGUCGCAGGCCCAGAACGGACGGACACUCCUGCCAUUCCCAUUAGCAAAAGCGGUCACAUACACGACGCAGUCAGCAAGUAGAUGUCUUCAAGUAGGAACCUCUGUGGGCUCGCUCGCUUUCAGAAUCAGCAGAUAUGCUACCUUGAGCGGAAUCAACCUGAGCCGCCACUGGGUUGAGGGUAUCAUCACCCGCGCCGGCAAGGACGUCAUGGCCGUUAGCAGGUCAGAUUUCAGUCGUGCGCAGACGGCGGGCUUUGUGGAACGCGGUUUGACCAACAUUCACACCUCCAUUACUGCCGUCGCCCUGGCCACCUCGGCAUGCUUUCAAUCAGCAGAGACGUAUGCUUCCUCGACACAUCAUCUCACGCAGUUCUAUCUGGGGUUUAUAGAUCAGCUUCUCGGCUCAACCGAGUCGUCGCGAGCUAUCGCCAGCAUACUCACUCUGAUCCGUCGAGAAUUCCAAAACCCAGCGACAGGCGAGGAGGGCGAAAGGGUUGGCAUGCUUGACCUUCUCCAGGGGCUUGCUCUGAUGGUGGUACUGCAGGUAUACUGCCGAGAUAUGACCGAGAAUGAUCACCGGAAACAGGGGGUUGACGAAGUCAUUUGGGAUGUUGUGGUUGACGUGAGCGGCGAGAGAUUCAACUUUCACCACAACAGCCUCUACGGAAUGCACAACGGAUCUUACAACAACCACGAAAGCAAGGAAACCCCGCCUACAAUGGAUAAAAGCACCAACACGGCCGUCAUGAAUGCUAUACAAAACCACAGCGUGCAACAUAGUAGCGACGAGGAUGAGGAGUUGCCGGAAGUACACCUCAAGAACCAGAUUCUACAGAGCCUACCGGAAGAAGCAAAAGUAACAAUAAAGACCGAGACAAAUACCAGCAAAACGAUCACGGUAGAGAUUAGUGGCGCAAGCCCCCCUCCGCUUUCGCCACCUCCAGGAGCAGAGCUGGUUGAACAGGGGCCUACAAAGGUAUCCAAAUCAAAGGAGCUGACCUCCCGUCGUCAGGAUAGCCUGACGGGUGAUGCCACGAGCUACCGUUAUGUCUACAGGAUGGAUCGCAAUAGCUUCAGGACAACAGACAUCCAUAGAACCGAGAGCGGCUCAGAUAAUGACUCAAACAGUGAAACUUUGGGACUUAUCGAGGCGAUCCAAGACUCGGGCACCGAGGAUGGCAGUGACCAGGAUACUUUGGAUAUACCACCACCAGUCCCACCUAAAGGCGAUAUGGCCUCGACCCGUUCAAGAACGUCGCCACCGAGUACUCGCAGUGGCACGCCUACCAAGGGAUAUAUGCAAUCUACCAGAGCUGGCACCAGCAGGGCCACGCCUCCUCCUGAAUCGGCAAACCAGAAACGCCAGAGGGCGCCCCUUAAACCAAAAUCGUCAGUUGCGCGCAAUGAGCCACCACCGAAGCCCAAGCAGCAGCAGCCGCUACCGCCGCCGCCGCCGCCGCCGCCAAAGAAGACCACCAGUUUCCGGGCUGCUCUCAAGAAGGGACCGGCACCAGCCCUGUUGCGCAGAGAAUCAGCCGACAGUGACGGAUUGACUUUGAAGUCAUCUAGAAAGUCCAAGACUGCACCCGUCAGCCCCGUCUCUCCUGCUGUGUCCAGCUUCUCUCCAUUGACACCGUCGGAAUCUCCAUCUGUUCCACACAUCGUUAUUCCUGGGCGCUCUUCUUCAACCGUUCAGUCUCUAGUACCCAAGCGUGAUGCACCUCCACCUCCGAUUGGCGUCAACAAUGGCAGUGCUAGUUCUGUCACCAAGACAACACCAUCAAGAUCCGGCGGCACACCUGAUCCUCUUCCAAGAAGCCACUCGCGCACGAGUUACUUUGCUGUUCAUGAGAGGAAGCGAGACUCGCUUGUUUCCCAAAGUGAUACAUACUCAAUCCAUACUCUUGAUAGUAAUCGGCCAAUCAGUCCGGCUAUGAUGCGUACUGAUGCUGGUUCUUCAGGGGCCGUUGGACUUCGGCCACAGAGUCGUGGGUCUUUGUCCAAGUCGAGAUCGGAGAAGGACAUCGCGGAGCGCAACCCGCUAUCGUCUUUGUCCGGGUCAUCGCAGUCCCGAGCGACAAACAACAGGCACCACCGAAGGUCGAGAUCUCAGAACCCCAGCAUCUGCACUCUCAAAACAAGCGACUCGCAGACUUCCCUGGUGCUAUCCUCGUUUUAUUCACGGAGCGCGUACAGCGAUGUGGAAUCUCUAAACGGACUGCGUAGCACGGGCAUAGUUCCGGGCAUGUUCCCGGCAUGCCCUUUUGUACGCAACAUUACGCGCUACAUGCUCUUUUCCUCGGCAUCUUACGGCUCCAGCUUCUUGAAGGUAAUGGGCAUCUCCAAGCAGAUGGCUUGGUCACAGGCGCUCAAUGAUGACACGCACCACGAGCUGUCUUCGUACGCGCACCACACCCAGUCUGACACUGGAUCGAUUCUGCUAUCUUCGUUUGUUGAUCCCCAAGGUGGAUCCGACUCUACCGGGUCGACAAACACGGGCGUGCCAUUGGCGCACUACAUCUCGCUUGAUAAAGAAGCCAAAGCCGUCGUGCUGGCAUGUCGUGGGACUCUGGGGUUUGAAGAUGUGCUUGCAGACAUGACUUGCGACUACGAUGACCUCUUGUGGCGUGGGAGAAGCUACAAAGUGCACAAGGGAAUCCACGCGUCAGCCCGCCGUUUGCUGUAUGGCGGCGAUGGGCGUGUGCUCGCGAUCCUAAAGGCAGCGCUCGAGGAAUACAAAGAUUACGGACUCGUUCUGUGCGGUCAUUCUCUAGGCGGCGCCGUCACUGCCCUCCUUGGAGUGAUGCUCUCGGAGCCGAGCAGUCUGCCAACGGGCCCCGCGUUUGUUACAUCGGCCUCUUCGUUGCAGUCGACUUCAUCUUCAGAACGCACCACCAAGGACCUCUGCCUCCCGGCAGGCCGGCCAAUCCACGUGUUUGCAUACGGCCCUCCAGGAACCAUGUCAGCAUCGUUGCGCAAGGCGACGCGGGGUCUCAUUACUAGCAUCGUCCACGGCGACGAUAUUGUGCCUUCGCUCUCACUCGGCGUGCUCCACGACCUGCAGGCGGUUGCUAUCGCAACCAAGAACGAUAAUAGCGAGGCCAAGAAGGACACCAAUGACCGACUGUGGACCGUUUUCCGGGCGGGAUUGGCCAGGGCCUGGCAGAGCAGCUACAGCGUCGGAGGUAUGCCGAGUGGCGACAAUGUAUCUUCCGAUACGGAGGAUGGACCCUGGACGUUUGCUGCACUAAAGAUUAUACGAUCUCAGAUGAUGAGCAUGAAACUGCUCCCUCCUGGCGAGGUUUUCACGCUGGAGAAGACGCGGGUCCACAGGCGGGAUGCAUUUGUGGCCGGGGGACCUCCUUCGAGCGAAGGGGGCGAUGGGUCGCCAACAGUCGGUGCCGGUGCAACUGGAUUCUUUAUCGACGGCACGCCAGCGACUCGGAUCGUGCUGAAGUAUAUCAAGUCUCCCGACGUGCGGUUCGGAGAGGUCAGGUUUACCAAGAGCAUGCUGACGGACCACAACCCAAAGCGGUACGAGGAGGCUUUGAGCUUGUUGAAGGAAGGAGUUAUGCCGCAAUGAGAUGGAAAGGUAUGGAACGAUGUGGCCUGCUGGAUGUGACUUGUUGAAGGAAUAAUGAUAUCCCGAGUGUUUUGGGGUUUUCCGCACGAGUGGUUUGUCUCGUUUUGCUGCUUUGGUUUUCUAUUGUUUUAUUCCUGGGUAUGGGGGAUGGGUAUUCUUGGGACUGGAGACUAUGGAACACAUUGGACUACAUAUGGAGGAGAAAGGUAAAGUUUGGAGGGUGGGAAGCUUAUGACAACGCAGACAACGAAGAAAAGGUCAUGGCGUGGGAUGGAAUACGGCAGUACAUGAUAGAAGGGCUACGGAGAUAGACCUCUGGAUGUUGAAAGACUAGACGCAACCAAUACUAUUGGAGUGAUUGAUUGAUAUCUAUAAAAACAUAUGUCCA